AGUCCUUGCAUUGCGGCGGCAGCGGCUUAUCACCAUUAAAUCGGAAAGCACUUUCUUUUUUCGGUUCUACACAUACUGCGAAAAGACAAAGUUAUCUUUUUCUGAUUAUUUAUUUGGAUAAUUUUGGGAUUAUUUUUGCACAAAUCCCUUGCAGUAUCUCAAAAACAUGCCGCUCGCAAAGGAUCUGUUACAUCCUUCCGCAGAAGAGGAAAAGCGCAAAUGCAAAUUAAAACGAUUGGUUCAACACCCUAAUUCAUAUUUUAUGGAUGUAAAAUGCCCAGGUUGUUAUAAAAUCACCACUGUCUUCAGUCAUGCACAGACAGUUGUCUGCUGUGUUGGUUGCUCCAUGAUCCUCUGCCAACCAACGGGAGGGAAGGCAAGGCUAACUGAAGGCUGUUCGUUCAGGAAGAAGCCCCAGUAAAGAAUUUUCUAGCGUCGGGAGUAAACAUUUCUGCUGUUCUGUCUGCGAUUUUUCAUAAAGAUGUUCUUUCCUGGAGUAAGCGCUGUCUGUCCGUCUUAUAUGAAUUAAAGCCGCGGAAAUGUC